AUGAACUCCCUUCCGACCAUGGGAGGGGUGACAAUGCUCGACGGCUACACCCCAGACGAUGCUAUUGGAGAUGAUCUCACCGUAUACGGGGCGGCCGUCCCGCCCUACCCACAAUGGGAGCUCUCGGAGUCUAUGAACCCGCCAGCCUUCCUGACCGCUUUCCAGAAUGAAGUCGACAUCACUACCUUAUCCAGACAAGACUCCCUUUCCCAAGACCAAUUCUUAUUCUACGGGGAAUCUAGUUCGGGAGACCGUUGGGUUGAUACAUACUCCACCGUCAAGAACCAGACUCUAUCACCCGAACACCUGGUAACGGUCAUUGACAAACCACCCUCAAACUUGACUCCUUCGAUGCAGUUGUCGCAAGAGUCACUCAAAAAGCCCGAACGAAAGAGUAAGAAGCAGCUCAGUCAACGUGUAGCUCCAAAAUCUGCUAGACGCAAUGCCAGAGGAGACAAUAACACGGAUGAUCAGAGGAGGAAAGGGAUUGUUGCCGACGUAAAUGGGAUCAACGUCGGCAAAGGCGCGACUAGUCGCAAACACGCGGAACAUAAGCGAGUGCGAGAGAGAAAUCGCAUCGCUGCCAAUAGAUUUCGCGCGAGAAAGAAGGAGGAUCUGACAAAACUCCAGUGCGACGAACAAGCUAUGGAGCAACGUCAUAUGAUGCUAACUAGCUGCGUGAAUGAUUUAAAAGAUGAGAUUUUAUAUCUCAAGACGCAACUGUUACAGCACAAGAGUUGCAGCUGCACCCUAAUACAUCAUCACAUUGAGAAAGAAGCACAGCGUUAUACUGACGCGCUGGGUCUGAGGUGA